AUGGGACCCAAGAAGAAGGGGGAUGGCAAGAAGAAGAAGGGUCGCAAAGGCAAGGGAGAGAAGAAGUCCAAGGAUGGCGCUGGGCCGUCGGGGCCAACACCCGAGCAGCUCAAGGCGCAGGUGGCAACGCUCACUGCGGACAAGGCCACGGAAGAAAAUGAGCGCAACCGCAUGCAGAUUGAUCGGGACAAGGUGGCGUCCUUUUGGGACAUCAAGAAGAAGGAGCACGAGCAUGCUCUGGCACUGGUGCGGAACAAAGACCGCGAGCGGGAGCAGCUCCAGGAGAGGCAGCAGGCGGAGAUCAAGGUGUACAACCAGCGGAUGAAGCACCUCUUAUAUGAGCAGCAAAACAUUGUGGGCAGCGUCAAGGCCGAGAACGAGGUGGCUCUCAAGCUGCAGCGCCAGCAGGCAGCCCAGCGUGAAUCUCAACUCUUGAAUGAUCUGCGUACACUCAAGGACAACAAGAAAGAAAUGGAGCUCAACUACGAGGACACGAUCAAGCAGAUGAAGCUCGACCAUGCCAAGGAGAUAACAAAGAUGAGGCAACAAUUUGACCUGGAUGCCCAAGAUCUGAUUGCCAAGACUGACAAGAAGAUCAAACGAACCAGAGACAAUGACGAGUUCCAGCGGAAGCAGGAGAUACACGAGAUUGAGGAGCGUAAAAACAUGCACAUCACGGACCUCAUGAAGAAGCACGAGAAGGCAUUCUCGGAGAUCAAGUGCUACUACAACGACAUCACCCAGAACAAUCUUGACCUUAUCAAGACGCUCAAGGAGGACGUGACUGACAUGAAAAAGAGGGAGGCUGCAAACGAGAAGCUCAUGUACGAGAUUGCGCAGGAGAACAGAAGGCUGACCGAGCCACUGACACGGGCUCUAAAGGAAGUGGAGAACCUGAGGAAACAGAUGGCUCAGUAUGACAAGGUAACGAAUUCCUCUUUACAGGAUAAGCACUCCCUUCAGCAGUUGCGCUUGCAACACGUGGACGCUCUCAAGCACGUCCAGAACCUGGAAUGGGAGUACAGGCUGCUCCAGGAGAAGCUUGAAAAGGUCCAAGCGGAGCGCGAUGACUUGUACGCUCGGUUUGAGUCGUGCAUUUUUGACGUGCAGCAGAAAUGCGGGGUCAAGAGCUUGCUGCUGGAGAAGCGCGUGCAGGUCUUGUUGGAGCAGCUGGAGAAGAAGGACACUCAGCUGGGCGAGGCCAUGGGCGCAUCCAAACUCCUGGACGCCAGUGGAGCCAAGUUUGGAAUUGACAAGGUUAUAGACACCAAGAACCAGAAGAUCAAGCGGCUUUAUUACGAGCUCGGGAGGGUCACCAAAGCCCACAACAGCGUUGUCAAAGCUUUUCAAUCCAAGCUGGCCGAGUUCGGCGUUCCUCUGGAGCAAAUGGGACUGCCAGAAUACAUCGCCAAGCUGCCUGUCUAGUUUUCUCAAACAGCUGAACCUCGUAC